UUACCAAAAACAAAAGUUCUGUUAUCCAACUACUGAUUUAUAGUUCUAUUAUCUAUACAAUCUAUAAUUUAUAGUAUUUUUUUGGAAUAUAAACAAGCAAGUUGGACUACAAAUAGAAAAAUGGCGGCUUUUGGGGAAGAGCAUAGCUAAGUCGAUGAGCCAGAAAGAAGGACACAGUUUGAGGAAUAUGAUGGGAGGAUGGAUGGCAUUGGCAGGUUUGUGAUUUUCGCAGAGAAUCUAAUCCAACGGUUGACAGGCGGCGAGCGGUCCGCUCCUUCUCUUCCUUUCUGCUAGUUGGAAGCCUUAUCCCGUCUGACUUGACUUGCUCAAUUUCCAUCUCCACUCUAUCUCUACCUCCGCAAUAAUAAGAGAAAGAAAUGAAGGACUCUUUCGCAGGACAAGUUGAAUUCUUAUGGCACACACACAAUUCAAAGUGGCACAGAAACGAAGAAUCCAAAAGCAGAAAAACCCACCCUUGAAAAAGCCCACCGUCCUGGUACCCAAAAAGCUGGACCAGCCAGCCAUCGCCACCCGCCAUUAAUGCCCUUCUCCCCACCUUCCAUCCUCAACCCUCCAUCUUUCCCCUACUGUCUCCACUCCCCACCUGUAACUCUCUUCUCCCUUUCUCCGUGUUUUACUCUUCCUUUUUCUCUGUUCAUCCGCUAUUCGUCGUUGGGCUCCAAGACGGCGUCGUGUAGGUUUUCUGUUUUUGUCGACUUUUAAUCCGUGAUUGGGUUUAGUUGAUGCUGCUUCCCUGUUACCUGUGACUUAUUGAAUUCAAAAGCUAGUUGCUCCAAUGCGCUGAACCGAUCGAUUGAUGUCCUUCCUGCAUUAAUACCCGCAGAAAGAAAGGAGUUUUUUUACCUUCCUUUUCACUCCUGGAUCUGCCUUCCCCCUGUUCAAGCCUCUGUUUCUGUAAUCUUCUUCAAGGCAAUCAAAUCGUUUCCAAGACGGUGGAUCGUUGUUGGGUUUGAUUCCAAAUGGGGGUCUGUUUAAGCUCCCAGAUUAAAGCUGAGAGCCCAUUGAAUUCAGGGAGGAGUGCCAAGUAUGUGAGUUGUGAUGGCAAUGGGUCAGGGAGAGGAGGGAGUCCCAAGUACGUUAGCUGCGACAGCAACUUGAGUGGCAAAGGUUCAGUAGGCUCAGUGCCUCCAACACCAAGGAGGAGCGAGGGUGAGAUUUUGCAGUCUCCUAAUCUGAAGAGCUUCAGUUUCUCUGAUCUCAAGCUUGCCACCAGGAAUUUUCGCCCCGAUAGUGUUGUAGGGGAAGGCGGGUUUGGAUCAGUAUUUAAGGGAUGGAUUGAUGAGAAUUCGUACACUGCAACCAAGCCUGGAACUGGACUGGUUAUAGCUGUGAAGAGGCUGAACCAAGAAAGCUACCAGGGCCAUAAGGAAUGGCUGGCGGAAGUGAACUACUUGGGACAAUUUUGCCAUCCUCAUUUGGUGAACCUGCUUGGCUAUUGCUUGGAAGAUGAACACCGUCUUCUUGUUUAUGAGUUCAUGCCUCGAGGAAGCCUGGAAAACCACUUGUUCAGAAGAGGUUCAUACUUCCAGCCUCUUUCUUGGAACCUUAGGUUGAAGGUUGCUCAUGGUGCUGCAAAGGGCUUAGCUUUCCUUCACAGUUCUGAAACAAAGGUCAUAUACCGCGAUUUCAAGACUUCCAACAUUCUACUUGACUCGAACUAUGACGCUAAACUCUCUGACUUUGGACUGGCCAAGGAUGGGCCAACCGGUGACAAGAGUCAUGUGUCUACCAGGGUUAUGGGAACCUAUGGAUAUGCUGCUCCAGAGUACCUUGCCACUGGCCAUUUAACUGCGAAGAGCGACGUGUUCAGCUUUGGUGUUGUGCUACUCGAGAUGCUAUCAGGGAGGAGAGCGAUUGACAAGAACAGGCCAUCGGGCGAACACAACCUGUUGGAAUGGGCGAAGCCAUACAUGGGGAGCAAGCGAAAGGUCUUUCGGAUACUGGACAAUCGGCUGGAAGGGCAGUACACAAUGGAAGUUGCAUUCAAGGCAGCCACCCUGUCCUUGCGCUGCAUUUCCGUGGAGGCCAAGUUGCGGCCGAGCAUGGACGAGGUGGUGAAGGCUCUGGAGGAGAUUAGGGAAGCGAAUGAGAGCACCAACAUUCAUCAGGGGAAUGCGCCAAGGUCGCGCAGAAGAAGCACAGGUGAUGUUGGUAGUGGGGGAAGGAUGAAUGAUGCUUAUCCUCGGCCCUCUGCUUCCCCUCUGUAGGUUCGAGAUCGAGUGAGUGACAGUUCUUACCUCAAUGGUUCUGUACCAGUAGAAAUCUGAUUUCCACGAUACAUAGUUUAUAUACUACUUUACGUUCGACAUGUAAUUUUGUUAAAGAAGGAAAGGAAGAAAUGUUGUUUCCCAUACUUCAUAUGACACCCCGUUCUCGAAACUGCGAGCUGCAUACUCAUCACUAAUAUAUUACUUGGAGACGACGCCAUAGUUAGGUACAUUGGAGCUAGUAAUUGUUUACCGUCCAGGGGACUGCAACGACCAUUAUCAAAUUAGAUGGCUGCGUCUAAAACCGGCAACGACGGUGGACUCUUGAGUUCCAAAAAUGGAGUGCGGGAAAAAAACGUAAUGUUCCAACAGUUAUCACUCAUCAGAGGUGGUGGUUUACCCAUCUACCAAACACCAGUCGUCUCUGAAGAUUGUGGAGGUGGAAAAGUUUAGGCCGACUUUUGAAGACAAAUCUGCAUAUCGAAAGAAGGUUCUAUGCAGUAAGUAGGGGUGGAAAACCGGCGGGUUGAGUGGGUUUUAGUCUCAAAUUGAUCCACCCGCUUAUUAGUAAGUUGGAAUAAUUGUGACCCGCAAUCCACCCACAUACUUCUGCGAGUUGGGUUGGGUGGGUGGCGGAUGGGUACGGUUGGGAUGUGGGUAGGGGUGUCUGUUCGGGUGGGGUUCGGUUAUCCGAACUAAAACUCAAAAAUCCAAAACUGAGAUCACUAAAAACCGAACCCAAACCCGAUAAGGACUUUCGGUUUCCGGUUACCCAAAACCUAAAAAUUUCGUAACGGGUUCGGUUAAAGUAAAACCGAAACUCAAAAACUCAAAAGCCUAAGAAUACGGACUGAGUGCUAAUUUUUUAGAGGUUUUCAGCCGGAACCCGAAAAACCGAUAAGCAAAACCGAACCCAAAACCGAAAACCUGAAACCCAAAACAAACUCGAACAAAAAAAUAAAACAAAAAAUGUAUAUAAUCUUAUCGGUUUCGGGUAAACCCGAAAAACCAAACCCGAAUGGAUACCCCUAGCUGCAGGUCAACCCGCAAAAGAAUUUAUCCAACUAGCCAUUAAGAAAGUUGACUAAUAUUUAUAAUAAGUUCAUAACAAAUUAGUAAGACAGUAUCAAUAAUUUCUAUUUUGAUACAAUUGAUAAUUUAUAGUUUUUUUUUAUUUCUAAGUGAUAUCAAGAGAGUACAAGAGUUAAACAAACAAAACUACUCAGGAAUCCCUUACAAACGACACCCUAGUGAAGCCACCCAAAAAAGUCGAAAGACUCUAAUUCUAGAAGAGACAAUAACAGUGCUUUAUGCGCCACUCUAUGAGUAGCACUGUUGGCAGCUCUAGGAGCCUCCCUAAACUCUAUACAAACUAACAAAGAUUCUAGCAUCUUACAACACUCUCAAAACACCGGACCUCUAAAGAAAUCUUCUAGGACACCUCGGAUCUGGUUGACGACCACUUCGGAAUAACCUUCCACUAUCACUUGAGUAAAGGAUUUUGAGGCGAUGAUGGUGAUAGCAUCUUUUGCUGCUGGGAGCUCUGCCUUGUAGGGGUUGACUAUUUUCGGGUGACGCAAACCGGCUGCCAGCAGCACAUGCCCGUAUGACCCACGGACGGAUAACAAGACCAGACGAGCACCCUGGUUGUAGAAUUGUCUGGCAAGGGAACGAACAUAAGGUUGGUAGAAUUCAAAAGACACUUUAUUUAUAGACUUCUAGAUUCUCCAAAGCAAACAGACGCAUUGGAGAAUGUGGAAUGUGGAGAUCUUAAAGAUCAUGACAAGUUGCCACAAUAGACUAAAAUUAACAGUAAGAGCGGAAUCAGUGAAGUUGCUCAAUCCCACCAGGAUCCACAAUUCGAUUGCUAGGGGGCAUUUGAAGAAUAAGUGUUCAAUGCUCUU